AUGGGCGAAGCUGAGAGGUGGUGGAAGUCAGUUAAGAUGCUUGAAGAGCAUCAACCUACUCCUAUGGGUUUGGGGGUUUGCUUUCGCUGUGGGCAAUUUGAGCAUCAGAAGAAAGGCUGUCGCAUACCGUAUAAUAGCGGAACUCCAAAACAACCAUAUGAAGGAGGUGCUCAGGCACCGCGGGGUGGUCAGGAAGGGAGGACAGCCCAGGCUAGGGUGUACUCCCUGACUCUUGGUGACACAGAGAAUGCAAAAGAUGUUGUCAUAGGUACCAUUUACAUGCUUUUCAAUAAAGUUGUUAUACUAUUUAACUCGAGGGCAACACAUUACUUUAUCUCCCAAGGAUUUGUUAAAUUGUGUGGCAUUGAGACUCAACAAUUAGAUUAUGAACUGGUGGUGGCUAUGCCUUCAGGGUCAGUAGUCAUAUGUAGUAGGGUAAUACAUGAUCUUCCAGUAGAAAUUCAGGAGAAAGGGUAUCUAGCAUUUGUGAAAGAUAUGCCAGCAGGGGAACGCAAGCUGGAGGAGAUUCUUGUUGUGUGUGAGUUCCCAAAUGUGUUCCCAGAGGAUUUUCUAGGAUUACCUCCAAAUCGUAAGGUGGAGUUUGGUAUAGAGUUAGCUCCAGGUACGAUGCCGAUAUCAAAAGCUUUGUAUCGUAUGGCUCCAGCUGAAUUGAGGGAGUUGAAAGAAUAG